ACAGGCCCUGUCAUCAUCACCAUGGCUGGACAGGCACCUCUGCUACUCGUUCUCCAUUCCUUUUCUGCUUGGUCGCUACUGACUGAGGCCUGCUAAGGCCCAUGUACUGCAGAUACAGAGAGAACACCAGACCCUGUCAUAAGGAUGCUCCCAGUACAAGUGGAACUCUUCUUUCUCAACAGCGCAGAACAGAAGGGACAUUGCCAGAUACCCUGCAUUCAAAUCCUAGCUAAUUAGCUGUGUGACCUUACCAAAGACACUUAACCUCUCUCAGCAGUUUACCCAUCUAUAAAAUGAGGAUCAUCAUGGUGUUCAUACCUCUCAGGAUUUUUAUAAGAAUGAGAUCAUAAUUGUAAAGCGGUUAGCAUAAUAUCUGGGACACAGAAGGAUUGCAAUAUCAAAAGGCUAGCACUUUGGAGUUUGCAACCAAAUUGAAGAAAUAGAGGACACUUUUGCUCCCAAUUGGCUUAAAGAUAUGUGCAGGUGAAAUUUGUCUGUAGUCGGAUCCAGUCAAACAGGAAGAGAACACCAGAGGCGGACAUGUGCCCAGCAUACUUGCUCCUGCAGUACAAUGAGAAACUGGAUAGAUUAUUUAUCAGUGAACUCAACACCCAGCAUAUACAUGUUGACUCCAAAACUGCGGAUCCUGAAGGAGACACUGCUGAAUCUCAAAAGACGACGUAUCUGCAGAAACCUGAGCCUGAGCAGCCCACAUUUAAAAAAGACCUUACCAGGGCUGAGAAGCCCCCGGCUGAACCUUCAUUUUGCUUAGGUGAGGUCCAAGCAGCCUCAAAGCCAGAGCGGGAGGGGAUCACUCCUUCUGACCUGGCCAAGAUAGCGAAAGUGAUGAAGAACUUUCUUAAGGUGGAUGAGGGUUCCAUGGCCUCCCUCAGUGUAGGAAACAGCCAAGACCUGGACCGGCUCAGCUUUCAGAGCAGCAAGAUGAGCAACCUGUUCAUCCGCUUCCCAGAGAAUCUCUUGCUGCACCGGGUGGAGAAUGCCCAGGGCCACAUCCUGUACGCGUUCUUGGUGGAGAACAAGGAGCGAGAGAGUCGAGUGGUACACUUUGCUGUGCUCAGGGCCGAGACAGCCACGUCUGUGGCCAAGAUGCUGGGUAUCUUCACAGAGUUCAACUCAGAUUGGCCCAAGAUCAAGGUAAUCUUUGUGGACCCAUCCUUCCCUCACCGAGCCAUCCUGCAGGAAAUCUUCCCUGCUGCCCGAAUUCUCCUUUCCAUCUACCACACAACCCGACUCCUAAAGAAGAAGUUGCAUCGUAGUUCGGCAAAUCUAUCCUUUAAAAUUCUCAUGAAGGAAGCCCUACGGGAGGCUGUGUUUGUCACCUCUGAUGCCAGCCUGCAGAAUCUCUGUCAGAUGUCCCAAGCCCUACUGGAUGAGGAGCUCUUCAGCUUCCUGCAGACCCACUGGUUCUCCUGUGAACUGCUGUGGUACAUGCACGUCAGGAAGGGCCUGCAUGCGUGUAACACCUACAUGGACAGCCUAGACAUCGUCACCAGCAAGGUGUCCAGUCUCUUUAGGAAACAGCAGUCCCUGCUGGACUGCAUCCUCCACUUUGUGGAUUACAUCGACUUCUUUAAUACCAAAGGUGUGAAAAACUUGCCCACAGCUCCUCCCAAGUCAAAGAAAGCCCGGACAGCAAGCAUGUUACCAAAGUCCAAAAAGCCUUUUGAAAUCUGUGGAGGGAGCCUCAGCAGGCCCCCCAUGAAAGAGACAAAGCCACCCCCACAGCAGGUGCGGGUGGAGCAGCAGCCACAGGUGCAGCCCUUCCAGGGUGGCAUGCUAGACACCUUGCACCAGAGUGGCUUCGAACUGGCCUAUAAGCUGUGCUACAAUGAAUGGGAGGUGGCACAGAACUCGACCCACCUGAUGGAUAUGGCUGGCUCCUCAGUGGACAUUAAGCUGCUGGAGGACUCUCACCAGGUUAGCAAAGAUGGCUGUAGCUGUAGCUGUUCCUUUCAACAACGGUACCACCUGCCGUGCCGACACAUUUUGGCCCUGCUACACAACAGCCAGAAGCCAGUGGGUGAAACUAUGGUUUGUCGCCGGUGGCAAAAGAGGUACCAGCACCUCCUUGGGCCUAGUGGGGAGCUCCGGGACCCUGUUGUGGUCCCCAACACAGGCCAGCCUGGGAAGCCAGGAAGGAAGGACAUGAUCCAGGACCUAAGCAGGGAACUAGCAAACCUGCUAAUGCAGAGUGAGGGGCCAGAGCUGGAGGAGCGCUUUUCCACCUUGCGCAAGAUUGUGGACAUCUGGGCUGAUCCUUACCAGCCACCUGCGCCCACUCAGCAGCCAGGGGACUUCAAGGAUGUGGGCCGCCUCCCUUUUCUCUGGGGAAAACAGGAGGAAGGGGAGGGAUUCCCUCUUGCUGGAGCCACGAUUCAUGAUUAAAGCACUUGCUGUGGCGCAUUGAACCACAGACCCCUCUCCUUGGGAGUCUGAGAGCUCACAGUGGGCAGGUCAUGCUAGGGGUCAGGAUUUUAACCAAUGCCUUCCUAGGUAGAGCUAGGAAGAUUGUUACAGUAGAGAGAAGAGGAUCCCACUUGUGACAGUCCUUUGAAUUUCCCCCUUUUUUGCCCUACCUUUGGCAUGCUUUGGGAACCCCAUUCAUUGUUUAAGGCCAAAGUUGUCUCCAUGUUGAAAGGUCAUCCCUCUGUCUCCCCCAAUCCCUGAGAACAGAUCUUAUUCACUUUACAGAGAUGAACCUCAUGACCCAGGAUAGGGUGAGAUGAAAUGGACCAGGUAAAAGGGCUUGUUUUCAGGGACAAGGGGAGGAGGGUGAUCCUUGAUUAUUGCUGCUCUUUACAAAGAAUCUGUUAUGUGUGUCUAUUUUUAUUCAUAUUAAAGGUUUUUGUUGUGUUUUUUUUAAAUAAAA